AUGAAAAAACAAGGGAAACCCAUGAAACGUUUGGGACGAGCGCGACCAGCAGCUCAACAGCCUCUACCAGAUACCACCUGUGAUGUAACGCCAGGACUUCAAGCUUCUACAAAUUCGACGGAAUCAAUUCCUAGCUCGACACAGAAUGUUUGGUUUGAAAGUUUACCAAACGCGACCGGACCAACUUUUAGCGCUAAUUACAUGGCCCAAUUCUCAUCAAUUCCGCCAAAUGACCACGUCUUAGCUCCUGUCUCCUCUCGAAAAGUAGUGCUAGAUGAAUUCACAGUUUUCAGAAACGUUCCAAGAGAGAUCCAACUGAUGAUCUGGGAAAAGACCGUCGAUGUAAAUCCGCGAAAUGUUCCAGUUGGAAUCAUGCCACAAUUAGGCCCGGGGGAUUCAAAGGGCUUCAUGGCAUGUAAAGAUUAUUACGAGGCGGCCAGAAAACGCUACAGUCUAUUGGAUGACCGCCUGAAGGCUAACGACAUGUCCAUGGUACAACAUCUUCCAUCUAACUUCUGGUUCAAUCCCGCGAUCGAUAGAUUUUGUCCAGUUCAGGAGUGGAGCCCUCACAACUUCGAAGUUGGUCUCAAACUUUUCUUCCAAAUCCUUCAAGUUUCGAGAAUUGCGAUUAAUGAUUACGCGACCGAUGAUGCGCGCCAUAAUUGCGAGACAUGGCAGAAAUUUUUUCAUAAGGAAGGAAUCUCGAAUUGGAGCCCAUAUUUCAAGGAUAUAUUUUACUAUAUCACAUUUCAACGUUUGAAUACAGAUGUAGAACUCUCCUUCGUACCUAACGACAGACCUUCAGACGACCCAGGUAGAUUCUAUUUCCAGAAAUUUUAUCAUUUUUACAAGCAUUGGACCCAGAUGCUCGAUGCUAAAAGGGGAUACAAAAGGCUGGCCCAACUUCAGGCAGACCAGAAGUGGCAAGAUGAAUCGGCUGAAAGAGAGGGUAAGCCUAGAGUCAAGCUCACUGAUGUUCCUCAAUGGCUAUUUGAUGUUGAGAGCGAUUGGUCAGUUGCACAACCCAGGUUGAUGAUCGAGACACGUACCUUUACAGCUCAUAAGCUCUCAAGUCUCAAAAUGACUAUGCCACAAUGGUGA